UUGGAUAUUCAGUGAACAGGGUCGACAAGGGGCUUCUCGAAGACAAAAGUGUACAGUCCCUACACUCAAUCAUCAUGAGCUCUUCAAAAGUCGAUGCAGCGACCAACACCAAAAGGAAAAUAUGCGAUGCAACUCAUAAUCCAGUUUUCUCAACCCUUCACCCCUGUAUUCCAAGACUCUAUGUAAUGCCAUGGAAACAGAACAUGAAAAACAGGAGGCUGAUUUUACUGCAUCAAAAGGUACACAAUAUUCCAGAUGACGAAGGGGAGGAGAGCCUUUUCUGGGAAAAACGUGAGCGACUUUGUCAUGGAGAGGACCGGCUCUGCCUUGAAGAUCAAAUUAACCAACUGACCCCAGGCCAUAUACUUAAUUUUCCUAUGUGGUCCCAUCUCUCCCGAUAUGGUAGUACUAUGAUACGUCGUUGGGGCAGAUCUCGUGUCUAGACACUUUCUGUCUGAUCGUUCAUAGGCCAAUAUAUGAGAAGUAGUCAGUAUUUCUGGGCCUGCUAACUGCUAUUCUGUAGCUGUUAAUUGUUGCACUUGUUCCAAUAAAAAUAGUCAUAUCGCUGUUUCAAUAAAAUUGUACCAUUAACUUGCUUGUGAUGUGUUUGGUUAUCUUGUUUAAA